AUGCAGCUCAACUGGCGUUCAGCCAACAAAGCUCACACCACUACCUCCUCCGUUCCAAACUCUCCUCUCCUUCACUCCCCUUUACUUUGUUCUCUUCCCCUUCGCUCCCCUUUGUUCCCCUCACCUUCUCUCCCCUCCCCUUCAUUCCCCUUCUCUUCGCUCCCCUCCCCUUCAUUCCCCUUCCCUUCGCUCCCCUCCCCUUCGUUCCCCACCCCUUCGUUUCCCUCCCCUUCGUUCCCCUCCCCUUCGCUCCCCACCCCUUCGCUUCGCUCCCUUUCGUUCCCCUCCCCUUGUAAAUCAAGCACGGCGACGUAA